AUGACCUGUUAUUUAAAUACUAAACGUCAACUGUCGUUUCUCGUCAACUGUCACGGCAUUUUCGGCGAUUAUCUAGAAAAAUAUCAGAGACGUACUCGCGCAUCAGCUAAUAAAUCGGGACGGAGCACUCCGGCCAUCGUCGCUGCUGUCGGCCGCUCUCGCCGCCGCCAAACCACCAUCUGCAAUGCCAAUAUAUUUUCAAUGGCAAUAAGUGUCGGCCCACGCUGUGCUAGUGUAGGCGACGCGAACAUGCUCGAACCAGCUCCUCCCAGAUUUAACAACUCGUCAUGUGCUGUUAAACCCAUAACAACCUGGUUCUUCAGACCAACCAAAAUUGUAUUUGAAGUAAAUAUGUAA